GCAGGUUAUGACUGACCCUGGGAAUGCGAUUCUUUAAAGGGGAACACGUCCAAAAACACCAUUAAAAUAUAUGUGUAUUGAUUGCCGGGUAACUAGGAUUCGAUAAUGCAGUGUGAUAAUGCAUAAUUUAAUCAAGUGUCAUAAGUCCCUAUGACAUGCUUUAAUGCUUUGGUUACCCUGCAAAAGCGCAUGAAAUCGAUUUGAGGUCGUGAUUCCCGAAAUAAGAAGAAUCUGUCAGAGAGAUGUUGCGGGGUCUGGCCCGGUUGUGCAGGAGAGGCGGCACCGCUGUCCAGUCACCGUGCGGCUGUGUCGCUGCAAGCUCGCCGGCAUACUCUACUGCGACCCCGGGGAGGAAGAAGUUCUACCAGGACGUCAGUAUUUCACAAGGAGAAGGUGGGCUGUUUGAGAUAAACCUGGACCGCGGGAAGCUGAAGACCCCGGGAGGGAAGUUGUUCACAGUGCCCAGCGAAGUCUUGGCAGUUGCCGUGGCGACGGAGUGGGAUUCCCAGAAGGACACUCUCAAGUUCUACACGAUGCACCUGACCACACUGUGCAACACGGCUCUGGACAACCCCACUCAGAGGAACAAGGAGCAGGUGAUCACAGCCGCGCUCAAGUUCCUGGAGACCGACACCGUCUGCUAUAGGGUGGAGGAGCCCCCAGGGCUGGUGGAGCUGCAGAACAACGAGUGGGACCCCGUACUGGACUGGAUUGAAAAGAGGUAUAAUGUUGUGAUCGGCUCCUCCUCCAGCAUUAUGGGCCCUUUGAUCCCUAAGGAGACGAAGGCCACUUUCCGACAGCACCUGGCCUCCUACAACUUUUGGGCUCUGAUAGGGCUGGAGUUUGUGAUCGCGCAGCUCAAGUCUCUGGUGUUGUCUUUUGGGCUGAUUGACAGACAUCUGACUGUAGAGAAGGCUGUGCUGCUGUCCCGUCUAGAGGAGGAGUACCAGAUCCAGCGCUGGGGUAAUGUGGAGUGGGCCCACGACUAUGACAUGUACGAGCUCCGUGCCCGCACGGCCGCUGGCACGCUAUUUGUGCACCUGUGCUCGGAGAGCUCCACUGUCAAACACAAGCUCCUGCAAGACUGAGGGCCUGGCCAUCGACACAGUGCAGCAAGGACACACUCACCACUGUAGGGCCAAGGUCUGUCAGAAUGCAUCACGAGUUGUACAGGAGUCGUUUUAAGCAAAUGCUUGGAUCUUUUCGGGAAUCACGAGAAUCCAGAUUUAAGGUUGCAUGGAUGUUUUUCUUUCUUACAGGAAUGUCUCUGAUGAAUUUGUAUUUUAUUUCACCAUUAAAACACAA